AUGGAACCUCUCAUCGGGGACAGACAAAGAAGAAAGAUGGAGAAAUUGGUUGUGAUCCUCCUGGUCUUGCCUCUCUUCUGCAAUGGACAGACUGUUGACCAAACGAUUCAGCCACAAGCACAUGGGGAAGUUGUCGUCGACGCUGUCAUUGACAGAAUUCGUUCCUCAUGUAUUCUAAUCGAUGACAAAUACUUCAUGAAAAGAAUUGCUGCUGUAGACACAGACUAUGGCAAGAACAGUAAACUUGGCGAAGGCGGAAUCUGGAAGGUCACUAAUAGAAUUAUAAGCUUGGUCAAGGCCAGAUGUCAGACGAGUGUGCGCCCGAUUUGCAACCAAAUUUUACAAAAAUUUUCCUUUGACAUCUCGAAGGCGACAUUGUCAGAUAUGGAGGCACAAUUGUGGCAAAGCUCCAUCCAACCAACAGGCAAUCUGCAAAAUUUCAUUACAAAAUCUUCUAUCAAAGUCAGUUGUUCUGCUGUGAAGAUGGAACUGGUGUUUGCAAUUGAUGCAUCCGGUAGCGUUCGUAGUUAUAACUUCCUAAAAACCUUAACCUUCAUUAAAAAUGUGGUGAAGAAUCUUCAAAUCGCCCCCAACAUGACGCGCGUUGCUGUCAUUCGUUUUGCUACCAGUUCUAGUAUUUCCUUCAACUUAGACACUUACGAUUCCGUUUCCAAAAUGAUACCCAAAAUUGCUUCAAUUGCCUAUACGAAGGGUGGCACAUCGACUUACAAAGCAAUGGACAUGGCGCGAAUCAGUGUCUUUAAAAAAGCCCGUAAAAAUGUGCCUAAAGUAUUUGUUCUAAUCACCGAUGGUUACUCGAAUAGUAAGACAAGGACUGUGGCCGCCGCUGAAAAAUUAAAAAAUAGCACCACCACCAUCUUCACUAUUGGUGUUGGUCGCGUAAAUCAUCAGGAGAUGCUUGCAGUGGCUUCUUCUCCAAAUUGCACCCAUUAUUAUUCAUUGAAUUCUUAUAACGAAAUCGAUGGUAUUAUCAGUGAAAUCCAGCGUGAAUCUUGUGAAGCUCCUGUCGCGGUGGAUAUAACCGAUGGAUUAGUAAACAAUACUGAAAUUAAUAACAAUCCCAUACCAUCCGGCAAUGAAACCAAAACUCAAAAUAUCCACAUUCAAUCCAGUAAUACGACAGGCAAUCAAAGCAACUCUCAAAAUAUGACAAAUGUGAAGGUUGUCGUUGCUUGUGGAAUAGUGAAUAUCUUUGCUUCCAAUUUGUUUAACAAGCCGAGUGCAGCUUUUAAUACCUAUAGCGCCAUUGCGACAGAUAAUAAACCCGGAUGGAUUCGAUCUCCAAAAAGUCAACAGUUGUAUAUUUCACUUGUUUCACAAAGCCUGACUGCAUCAACAUGUACCGACCCUCAUUAUAAUAUAAGUAUCAAUCCGCAAGAAACAGGAGUCACAAUAGUCUGUAAAGAAAAUGGAAUUGAGAGGAAAUGUACAUACGAAGAUAUUAGACAAUCAUUUGGCCCUCUUUGUGGUGAUGACAACAUUCCAAAUCCAUGCACUAAGACAAAUAUCCUGAAUAAUAUAAUGCGGUUUAAGCAUCCAAAAUCGACCACUAAAUACAUCCAAUGUAAGAUUUCAGGAGAGAUGGAAAUUGUCAAUUGUCCAACAGGAACAAAAUACGACGAAAAUCAACAAGUGUGUGGUCCUCAAAUUAUAAGUCCUCCCCAGAAUAGCACUUUAUACAACGGCUCAAAUCCAUGCACCGUAGAAGCCAUUAGAGAAGACAAUUUUAUUUUGCUAAUCCAUCAGACAUAUCAUCGUUUAUUCAGUGUAACGAAUGGGGAACUGCUUUUCUCGUAA